AUGUCUUCUUUCACUUCCACUACUGUUACUGCAAGUAGUAGCAAUAAAAGAAUAUCACCACUUGACUUAUUCAAAAAUAAUUCUUCUAAUGAUAAUAAAAAAUAUUUAAAUGUAUGUGCACCAAUGGUAAGAUAUAAUUUAACAUAUACGCCAAUGAUAUUGGCCAAAGAAUUUCAAAAUUCUGCGAUAGCAAGAGACUUUGAUUUUACUACAAAUUUUAAUGACACACCAUUGAUAAUGCAAUUUGCUAGUAAUAAUAAUAAAGAGUUGGUGAAUGCUGUUGAAUUGGUUUAUGGAUAUGUUGAUGGAAUAGAUAUAAAUUGUGGGUGUCCACAAAAAUGGGCAAUCAAUGAAGGUAUUGGAGUUUAUUUAAUGGAAAAACCAGAGAUUGUCAGAAAUUUGGUAAAAUCUAUUAAAAAUUUUUGUAAUAUACCUUGUUCAAUAAAAAUUAGAAUUCAUAAUGAUUUAAGAAAAACUUUAGAUUUUGUAAAAUCAGCAGAGUCAAUAGGAUUGGAUUUUAUAACAGUACAUGGUAGAACACGCAAACAAAAAUCUUCAGAUCCAGUAAAUUUAGAAGCAAUUAAAUUGAUCAAGCAAGAUCUACAAAUACCUGUUAUAGCCAAUGGAGGUAUAUUCACAUUGAAAGAUGCGGAGGAAUUCUACCAAUCGACAAAGGUUGAUGGAGUGAUGUCUGCCCGUGGAUUAUUAAGAAAUCCUACUUUGUUUGCCAAUAAUGGUGAUGGUAAAGGUUAUAGUAGUUGGGAAUGUAUUGAGAAAUUUUGUAGGUUGAGCUUAGAGUACGGGACUAAUCAUUUUAUUUUUCAUCAUCAUUUGUGA